AUGUUCAACAGAUUUAAAUUGGACUUUGGAAAGUUCAAAGUGGACAUUAAACUAAUAGGAGAUUUAUUUAUUUUGGCCGGAGCAGGUUUAUCAGUUUACUAUUUGUUGAACGUGAUCAUCAACGAGUAUUUGGACAAUAGCAUAAAGAGCAAGCAGUCCGAUCGCAAAGGUGCCGGUAUUUUGAAGAAAAUCCAGAGUUCAAACCCCCAUUUGAAGAAUCUCUCGUUGAACCAGUAUGAGAAAUCGCUACUUAGUUCGUUGGUGACGCCAGAGGAGAUUUCAGUGACGUUUGAAGACAUUGGUGGUCUUCAAGAUAUCAUUGACGAGUUGAGAGAGGCUGUGAUACUUCCCUUGACGGACCCCGAACUCUUUGCUGCACACCUGCAUUUGAUCAGGUCCCCCAAGGGUGUCUUGUUCUACGGCCCUCCCGGCUGCGGGAAAACAAUGUUGGCUAAAGCCAUAGCUAAGGAAAGUGGAGCCUUUUUCUUAUCCAUCAGAAUGUCAACGAUAAUGGACAAAUGGUAUGGCGAAUCCAACAAGAUCACUGACGCCAUUUUCUCCUUGGCAAACAAAUUGCAGCCAUGCAUAAUCUUUAUAGACGAGAUUGACUCGUUUCUCAGAGACCGGUCCUCGAGCGACCACGAGGUGAGCGCAAUGUUGAAAGCAGAGUUUAUGACCUUGUGGGACGGAUUGAAAUCAAACGGUCAAAUCAUGGUGUUGGGUGCCACCAACAGGAAAAACGAUAUAGACGAGGCGUUCUUGAGAAGAAUGCCAAAGACUUUUGCUAUCGGCAAGCCCAAUGCCGAACAAAGAGAGGCCAUCCUAUCUAAGAUCUUGAAAGAUGCCAAAGUCGACAAGGAGGAGUUUGACUUGCAGUUUAUUGUCGACAACACACGCAACUUUAGUGGUUCCGACUUGAGGGAACUAUGCCGUGAAGCGGCCAUCUUGCCUGUCAGAGAAUACAUAAAGGAAAACUACAAUUACAAGAGCGGGAAGCUCAGUCGAGACGAAAACGACGACUUGCCUGUAAGGGCGUUGAAAACGUCAGACUUUACAAAAGUCACUUCUGUUUCGAUGACUAGCGGCAUCCCAAGUCUAGCUGUUGAUUAG